UGCAAUACUAUCGACUUCAAUAUAAACCAAUAAAAUGACGGGAUUUGUCAAAGUUGGGUUUGUGGUGUUAUUACUUCUAAUGCUAUGUCAAUUUAUCCUUUUAAACCGCUACAAGAUAUUUAACAAGAAUAAACUGGCGAAAGUGCCGGAAUCGAGGGAAUAUUUCAACUUGCAAGACAACAUGAAUCAAAUCCAACAGAGGAGAAAACAUAUGCGAGCACACUGCUCUAGGCACACCAGAUCUUAUCCGAAUAAAGCUCGUCAUCAGGAGAAGGUAUACAAGAGGUUGUUGGUUAACGAACAGUAUAAAUUUCUCCUCUGUCCAGUAGCAAAGAUUGGCAGUACAUUUUUGAAAGCAGUUUUUAAAACACUAAACACAACGGAAAGGAACCCGAUAAGAACGCUUGAAAAUUCGCCAAUAAUACGCAAAGAACGAUUUCCAAUUUUGACGGAUUUUAACAAAACCGAACAAGAUAGAAUACUGAGAACAUAUACCAAAGUUAUAUUUGUCAGGAAUCCAUUCAGGAGACUUUUCUCUGGUUACCAAAACAAAUUUGUAACCAUAAAUUAUCCUUUUUGGUCAAGAGGAAUGCGUGCAGGAAUAAUAAAGACGUUUCGUCCAAACCCUAGUAAUAAAUCGCUGACCUGUGGCCAUGAUACAAAAUUUGAAGAAUUUCUUAGUUACGUAAUUGCGCUUUCUGAAAAGGGUGGAGUCGAAAACAUGGAUAUACAUUGGCAACCGAUUGAUAUCGAAUGUGAUCCAUGUAUGAUCGAUUAUAACAUUAUAGGGAAAAUGGAAACAUUUCAUAGUGACAUGCAGUACUUUUUGAGUACCAUUGGUGCAGAAGAUAGGAUAGAGCUUCCAAGGCCCGGAUCCUCUAGCUUGGAACAUCUCAGAUCUCGACUGAAAGGUGAAAUUAAGUGGGCCUUUAAUCAGUUGUCUAAGCUGAAGGACUGCAUAUCUGAAAAUGAAUACAGUAUGCGGAUUGUUCAAAACUUUGUGAGUCAUGGCUAUAUUGAACCUUUAGAUGCCACCGACCUCGACGAUUUAUCAAAAAUUCGCUAUGGACCAAACACAGCAGAAAAACUGACAAAAUGGAUCUUUAAUUAUGUGGAUAAAAGCAACAAGACAUAUUUAUUGAACCUUCCGGAAGAAACACAAAAAGCUGCAUAUGCUAGACUACCAAGGGACUUAUUAUUAAGAGCAAAAAUGGCCUACCUGAACGAUCUGGCAUUGUUCAGUUAUGAUUCACCCUAGCACUACUAGCUCUCAUUGAAAUAAACAAAUCGUAUUAAUUUGCAUUUUUAUCCUACAUGGAAUCUCAAUGUACCCAUUUUGAUGAAAUCAUUGUAUAUUUGUGCUUCAUUUUUAUGCGAGGCCAGAUCAAAAAGUUUCUUACCAAAUCCUAUUUUUAAUUCUAGAGAAAACAACCUGAUUUUUCAUGAAAUAUGCUUAUAGCAUUUAGCUUUAGCAUGCAUAUAUCAUUUGGAGUAUUUAAUGUUAUACUGUUCAUUGAGAGGUUACCAUAGCAACCAAACUUAGGAAGGAUGGAGAAGCAGUUAUAACUAAGCCUAAUUAACUGGGCCUAACUUUAUCUAAUACGGUCACAUACAUACUUGUACGUAUAUUUUGAAUGUCCAAUGUGUUCAACUGAAAUGGUGAUACGAUAAUACAAUGCUGUUUAUGUGAAACAAACAACACCCCAUGCAGACAGAUCGCCUAAAAUUACAUUCGUAUAAUCAUGGGCUCUACCACUCUUGAGCCUACUUUGCAUGGGUUCACAAACUUUUUUUACAUGCCUUGGGGUCCCCUACAUGAAUCUAAAGUCAAAUUGAAUCUAGGUGUUUUGGACACAAAUGGCCUUGGCCGUAGUACUAUAACGGCUAACUCGGGUUUUGAGGGCGCAGCUUAUGCCA